AUGUCGUUGGAGCACGAGAAGGAUCCCGGAUGGCAGUACCUGCGUCGGUCUCGCGAGCAGAUGCUCGAGGUUCUCUAAUUAUUUCUCGACCAUCUUACUUACUUUCCUGGCAGUUAUAUCAUGUAUUCAUUUUUCGGUGGCACAUUUUCUCUUUAAUUUGAACCGGUUUGGAUACCUUCCGAUUAUCUUAGAGUAUAAUUAUCUUCAUAAUAAUAUUAUUGAAUAUUUAAUCUAAUAGUCCAACAAUAUGAUCUCAAUAUUUUCAUUCGAAACUCUAAACUUGGAUAGAAACUUUCAAAAAAUAUCAUGAUACUCUGAAGACAUUUAUUGAAAAAUCUCUGAAGUCAAGCUUAUUCGCUCCAUUGAACUUAUUUAAACAAAACUGCAAGAUCUAUUUCAAAUACUUAUGAGUAUUCGCCAGCCUUUUCUAGCUUGAUUUUGAAUAAUAGAAAUCCCUAACCUUAUCUGAAUUACAAUAGUCCUUCGAAAGAAUUUUUUUCCUGACGUAUUUGAUCUUGUAAAAAAACUGGUCUAAAUUUUUUUUAUAGCCGAAUUUUUUUAUUUUUUUAAGAAAUCUUAUUACGAUUUUUCUCACUUUUUUCAGCCAAGAGAACUAUAGUGGAACGCCCAGUUGACCUUUUUCUAAUUCCAACAAUUUCCGCUUUUAGAAAAAAAUUAGACAGAAGAAAUAUUUGAGUUUUCUACAUCAAAUUGUUUCUUAACAUUCAAAAAUAAUCAAAAACUAGUUUAGUUUUUUUAUUUCAAUUGAGAAAAAAACACUUACAAAAUAAAGUUUCUCUUCACGAAUGAUCCUACCUUUACAAUAAGGACUAACUAGUUGAAAUAUGGGAUAUAAAGUUGUAAUUUAACUUGCUUUAGUUGUAUUGAAAGCUUCAACAAGUACAAUAACUUAUAUGGGUAUUCAAAGAAAAAAGUUUUAAUCAUUUCAUUUGAAAAUCUAUUCAUCUAACCAUUUUUCAAGAAGCUUUGCCUAUGAUAGAACAUUUGAAAUUCUUCAAUCCUUUCAAAAAAUUCGUCUCACGUGGUCAGUUGGAAAUGGUUAAAGUUACUAUUGACCUUAACUUCUUUUUCCCAGUUAAAGGAGCUCAAAAUUACAACUAAUUUUUUAUUUUUCUCAUGACGCUUCUUCCAAAUGAAAAAAAGGUAUAAAAAAGCUCCGUGGAAGUACUACGCAUUCUGCUCAUUUCAAAAUGGUCAUAAACUACGAUCUUCAACUCUUUAGCUAGCUUCGGACUUACUAUAGAUCUAAAAAAUUCCAGAAAAAAAUUCCACCGUAACCUAUCCAAAUGUGACACAGAUCAUGACUACCAUACAGCCUCCUCUCUAUUACCGUUCCAAUCCAACUAACCCGACUUCAGGACCAAUCGCGACCCUACGACUCGAAGAAGAACGUUUGGGUGCCGGACGCAGAAGAGGGCUACCUGGCCGGUGAGAUCAAAGGCCCAGGACCGAAGGCCGACACGGUCAUCGUCACCGUCGGCGAGAAAGAUGUCCGUGGAGGAGCAUCUUCUGAAUCUCGACGAUGACGUUGUCGUUGCAGGUGACGCUGAAGAAGGAUCUCGUCCAGGAGAUGAACCCUCCAAAGUUCGAGAAGACCGAGGACAUGUCCAACCUGACUUUCCUCAACGACGCCUCCGUUCUUGCCAACUUGCGAGCUCGAUAUGCUGCCAUGCUCAUCUACGUGAGUUUUUUCCUUUCUAUUUUGGGUUUAUUUUAUUUUUUUAAGUACGUAAACAUUUUUUUUUUCUGAUUUUUAACGUUUUUCUCUAAAAAGUUUAUUUGAGAUAAAUUUUCAUUUUGUACUUCUUUUCAAAGUAGGUGAGUUUUCAAAAUUCUUGAUUCUUAGUUUAUUAUCCUUCGAAGGCGUUAAGUAGUGUUAUCUUUUUUUAUUGUAUAAAAAUUGAAUUUUUCUGUUAUAUACUUCAAAAAAAUUGAAAAAAAUCAAACUUUGAUCAUUUCAAACAGUUCCUAAGUUUUAUGAUCGAUCAGAAAUUUUUUUGAUGGGACUAAAGAAAAAAAUCUGAAAUUUUUUUCUAUGAAUAAAUUAAAUUCUGAUUCUGUUUUUUUUUAUUACGUGUAAACGUCGUUGAAUUUUUUUAAUUUGAAAGCCUAAAAAUCUCUAAAUUUCGAAGUUUCAAACUACUACAAGCUAAUUUUUUUAUUGCUUGUUCAUAUUCAAGAAAAAAAUUCUACAAAAAAAUUUUUUUCCCAUUUUCUCUCGAUUAAAAAGUUUCAAAAAUUCAAUAUUUCAGUGUUCAUAAAAGCUUCCAUUUUGUCAAAUUUACUCAAUUUAACCUUCCAAGUUGAUUUUUUUCUUUCUAAACGAUAUUUAAAAAGAGCACCUACCAAUUUUUUUAUUAAUAAUUUUUUUAGAUCUUUGAACAUUUCGUUAGCUACACGGUUUCAAAUCCUAAAAAAAUCUUUUUCAGUUUGAAAAAAAGUCUGGUAGAACUGUUGAAGCUUAUUUCAUUUGGAGUCUCAUCAAUUUUGAUCAAUUUAUCAACUAAACUGUUUAUAGUCCAAAAAAAACUGAUAAGAUUUGCGUAAUUGGCUAGACGGCGGCUGCGCGGCUCAUCUUGAACUCGGGCUCUCGAGGAGCUGCCAGUCGAUGAUUGCGCAAACAUGCUCACGGUUAUAUCGCCCCACACACAAACUCUUUUCCGAUGCCAUCCACCACCACCACACAUAAACACACACGGGGCGAAAUGGGGGCCGAUUCCAGUUAUAUCUUCACUUUUUUUCUUCUUCUUCUUGGACGCGGCGCCCUGUAUAUUUGUUCUUCAUAUCCACCUCCCCACGCUUUGGUGGGAUCUAGGCGGCAAGCGUCCAAUGAUUUAUCACCCGACAAAGAAACGUGUGGAAAAAACCAAAGUUGAGAAGAAGCAAGAAGCACCAAAAAAACACAAGAAAGCACAAAAAUUGGUCUCGAAAAGAAGAAAGUCGAGAAAAAAAAAUCGGAUCUCUGAGCUCAACAAAUCAUGAAGAAGGAUUCCCGCUAAUCGAGAUCAAAUUUCAGACCUACUCCGGCUUGUUCUGCGUGGUGAUCAACCCCUACAAGCGUCUGCCGAUCUACACCGACUCGGUCGCCCGAAUGUUCAUGGGCAAGCGAAGAACCGAGAUGCCGCCUCACUUGUUCGCCGUCUCCGACGAAGCCUACCGAAACAUGCUUCAAGAUCACGAAAAUCAGUCCAUGCUCAUCACCGGAGAGUCUGGUGCUGGAAAAACCGAAAACACGAAGAAAGUUAUCUCCUACUUCGCCACGGUCGGUGCCAGUCAGAAGGCCAAGGCCGCGACUGAAGAGAAGGUCGUCACCCUUGAAGACCAGAUCGUCCAGACCAACCCCGUCUUGGAGGCUUUCGGUAACGCCAAGACUGUCAGAAACAACAACUCUUCCCGAUUCGGAAAGUUCAUCCGAAUUCACUUCAACCGACAUGGAACCCUCGCCUCUUGCGACAUUGAGCACUACCUCCUCGAGAAGUCUCGUGUCAUCCGUCAGGCUCCAGGAGAGCGUUGCUACCACAUCUUCUACCAGAUCUUCUCCGACUACAAGCCAGAGCUCAAGAAGCAACUCCUUUUGGACCUGCCACUCAAGGACUACUGGUUUGUCGCUCAGGCUGAACUGGCCAUUGACGGUAUCGAUGACGUCGAGGAGUUCCAACUUACGGACGAAGCCUUCGAUAUCCUGAAAUUCUCAGAGACUGAAAAGAUGGACUGCUACCGUCUCAUGUCUGGACACAUGCACAUGGGUAACAUGAAAUUCAAGCAACGUCCACGUGAAGAACAAGCCGAGCCUGAUGGUGAAGAUGAAGCCAAGAAAGCCGCCGCCAUGUUCGGAAUUGACGUCGACCAGUUCCUCAAGGCUCUUGUGUCUCCUCGUGUCAAGGUCGGAACCGAAUGGGUUUCCAAGGGACAGAACGUUGACCAAGUCAACUGGGCUAUUGGAGCCAUGGCCAAGGGAAUGUACGCCCGCGUCUUCCACUGGCUGGUCAAGAAGUGUAACUUGACUCUUGAUCAGAAGGGUAUCGACCGUGACUACUUCAUCGGUGUGCUCGACAUCGCCGGUUUCGAAAUCUUCGACGUAAGCUAACCAAUUUCCUCCACAGAAAUUAGGAAUUUGUUUCAGUUCAACUCCUUCGAGCAGUUGUGGAUCAACUUCGUAAACGAGAAGCUCCAGCAAUUCUUCAACCACCACAUGUUCGUCCUCGAGCAGGAAGAAUACGCCAGAGAAGGAAUCCAAUGGACCUUCAUCGAUUUCGGUCUCGAUCUCCAAGCUUGUAUCGAGCUCAUCGAAAAGGUAAAUUGAAAAUUUGUAUGAAUAAUUCUCUUUUUUUUUCAGCCGCUCGGUAUCAUCUCCAUGCUUGAUGAAGAAUGCAUCGUCCCCAAGGCUACGGAUCUGACCUACGCUCAGAAGUUGAUCGACCAGCAUCUUGGCAAGCACCCCAACUUCGAGAAGCCCAAGCCACCAAAGGGCAAGCAAGGAGAAGCUCACUUCGCCAUGCGGCACUACGCCGGAACUGUCCGAUACAACGUCUUGAACUGGCUGGAGAAGAACAAGGACCCUCUCAACGACACCGUCGUCACCGUCAUGAAGGCGUCGAAGAAGAACGACCUUUUGGUCGAGAUCUGGCAAGACUACACCACCCAGGAAGAGGCCGCCGCUGCCGCUAAGCGUGAGUUUCCUUCUUUUUCAGUAUAUCUUGGAAAACUUUGAAAUUACAGAAGGCGGAGCUCGCAAGGGAGGAAAGUCUGGAUCUUUCAUGACCGUCUCCAUGAUGUAUCGCGAAUCGCUCAACAAGCUCAUGACUAUGCUCCACAAGACUCAUCCUCACUUCAUCCGUUGCAUCAUCCCCAACGAAAAGAAGAAGUCUGGCAUGAUCGACGCCUCCUUGGUCCUCAACCAGCUCACCUGUAACGGUGUGCUUGAAGGCAUCCGUAUUUGCCGUAAAGGUUUCCCCAACAGAACCCUCCACCCUGACUUCGUCCAACGGUACGCCAUCUUGGCCGCUAAGGAAGCCAAGGGAACCAGCGACCCCAAGAUCAACGCCGGCGCCAUUCUCCAAGCUUUGGUCAACGAAAAGAAGCUCGGCGAGGAGCAGUUCCGUAUCGGUCACACGAAAGUCUUCUUCAAGGCCGGAGUCGUCGCCCACAUCGAAGACUUGCGUGACGAGAAGCUCAACAACAUCAUCACCGGUUUCCAGUGUGCCAUUCGUCACUACCACGCCUUGGAAGAGGCUGGAGCUCGUCGCAAGCAGCUCAACGCCUACAUUGUGCUCCAGCGCAACAUCCGCUCUUGGUGCGUGCUACGUACCUGGGACUGGUUCUUGCUGUUCGGACGUCUUCGCCCGCAACUCAAGUGUGGAAAAAUGGCUGAGGAGAUGAUCAAGAUGGCCGAAGAGCAGAAGAUCCUGGAGGCUGAAGCCAAGAAAUUGGAAGCUGAACGAUUGGCCCAGGAGGAGAAGUACAACAAGCUCAACGCUGACCGCAACAAGUUGUUGGAGCAGCUCGAAAUGAGUCAAGGAGGUUCCGCUGCCAUCGAGGAAAAACUCACGCGGUUGAACCAUGGCCGUCAAGAAGUUGAGAAGAGCCUCAACGAAACUAACGACAAACUUUCCGAACACGAGGAGAAGAACGCAGAACUGGAAAAGAUCCGUCGCAAGGCGCUUCAGGAGGUUGAGAACAUGAAGAAGUCGAUCGAAGCCGUUGACGCCAACCUGAACAAAUCUCUUGAAGAGAAGGCGGCCAAGGAGAACCAGAUCCGUUCUCUGCAAGACGAAAUGAACUCCCAGGACGAAACCAUCGCCAAGGUCAACAAGGAGAAGAAGCACAUGGAGGAAGUCAACCGUCAGCUCAUCGACGACUUGCAAGCCGAGGAGGCCAAGCAAGCUCAGGCUAACCGCCUGCGCGCCAAGCUUGAGCAGACCCUCGACGAAAUGGAAGAAGCCGUCGAACGCGAGAAGCGCAUUCGCUCUGAAACUGAAAAGUCGAAGAGGAAGGUGGAGAGUGAGCUGAAAUCAGCUCAGGAGACCAUCGACGAAAUGACGGCGACGAAGCAAGAAGCUGACUCUUCCUUGAAGAAGAAGGAAGCCGACCUGCACGCCCUCGGUGUCCGAAUCGAAGAUGAGCAGGCCGUCGCCACGCGACUUACGCGUCAGUCCAAGGAAAAUGCUCAGCGAAUCAUUGAGAUCGAAGACGAACUGGAGCACGAGCGUCAGUCUCGCUCCAAAGCCGACCGUGCACGUGCUGAGCUCCAACGCGAGCUGGAUGAACUCAACGAUCGCCUCGAUGAGCAAAGCAAGCAGAUGGAGCAGCAGCUAGAAAACAACAAGCGCAAGGACGCUGAAAUCAUCAAGUCGCGACGUGACCUUGACGAGAAGAACAUGGGUAACGAGGACCAGAUGAACAGCAUCCGUCGCAAGAACAACGACCAAAUCUCUGACUUGACUAACACUUUGGAUGCGCUCCAAAAGACCAAAGCACGAAUCGACAAGGAGAAGGGUGUCCUCCAAAAAGAACUGGACGACAUCAACUCUCAGGUUGACCAGGAAACCAAGGCCCGUGUCGAACAGGAGCGCCUUGCCAAGCAGUACGAGAUCCAAGUUGCUGAGUUGCAGCAGAAGGUGGACGAGCAGUCGCGCCAGAUCGCUGACUACUCCAGCACCAAGGUCCGUCUUGCCAACGACAACAACGACCUCGUUCGUCAAGUAGAAGAACUGGAGAUCCAGUUGGCCACCAUCAACCGCGCCAAGACUGCCUUCUCUUCUCAACUUGUUGAGGCCAAGAAGGCCGCCGAGGAUGAGCUCCACGAGCGUCAAGAGUUCCACGCCACGUGCAAGAACCUCGAACACGAACUUGACCAGUGCCACGAGCUUCUCGAAGAGCAGAUCAACGGCAAAGACGACAUUCAGCGUCAGCUGAGCCGCAUCAACUCAGAAAUCUCUCAAUGGAAGGCUCGUUACGAAGGAGAAGGUCUUGUCGGCUCUGAAGAGCUGGAAGAGCUCAAGAGAAAGCAGAUGAACCGUAUGAUGGACUUGCAGGAAGCUUUGUCCGCCGCUCAGAACAAGGUUAUUUCCUUGGAGAAGGCCAAGGGCAAACUUCUUGCCGAAACCGAAGACGCCAGAUCCGACGUCGACAGACAUCUGACCGUCAUCGCCUCUCUUGAGAAGAAACAACGUGCUUUCGACAAGAUCGUCGAAGACUGGAAACGCAAGGUCGACGACAUCCAGAAGGAGAUCGACGCCACCACCCGUGAUUCUCGCAAUACUUCCACCGAAGUGUUCAAGCUCCGCUCAUCCAUGGACAACCUGUCAGAGCAAAUUGAAACGCUCCGCCGCGAAAACAAGGGCUACGCUCAGGAAAUCCGUGAUCUCAACGAGCAGAUCAGCCAGGGUGGCCGCAGCUACCAGGACAUCCAGAAACUUGUUCGCCGUCUUGAGCAGGAGAAGGACGAGCUGCAACACGCCUUGGACGAGGCUGAAGCCGCGUUGGAAGCCGAAGAGAGCAAGGUUCUCAGACUCCAGAUUGAAGUUCAGCAGAUCCGUUCUGAAAUCGAGAAGCGCAUCCAGGAGAAGGAGGAAGAGUUCGAGAACACUCGCAAGAACCACCAGCGUGCCUUGGAGUCCAUCCAAGCGUCUCUGGAAACAGAGUCCAAGAGCAAGGCCGAAUUGGCGCGUGCCAAGAAGAAGCUCGAAAGCGACAUCAACCAGCUGGAGAUCGCCUUGGACCACGCCAACAAGGCUAACGUUGACGCUCAGAAGAACCUCAAGAAGCUUUUCGACCAGGUGAAAGAGCUCCAAGGACAGGUCGACGAUGAACAACGACGCCGCGAGGAGAUUCGCGAGAACUACCUCGCCGCUGAGAAACGUCUUGCCGUUGCUUUGGCCGAGAGCGAAGACCUUGCUCACCGCAUCGAUGCUUCUGACAAGGUUGAAACUCCUCGGAUUUUUCACAAAAAAAAAUGAUUUUCAGAGCAAGAAGCAGCUGGAGUUGGAGCAGGCUGAGCUGAAAUCCGCCAACACCGAGCUCAUCGGAAACAACGCUGCCUUGUCCGCCAUGAAGCGCAAGGUCGAGAACGACGUCCAGAUUGCCAGGGUACUUUGAUCAUUUUACAAAUUGACCUACUUCAAAAAUGUUUCAGAACGAGUUGGACGAGUGCUUGAACGAACUCAAAGUCUCCGAGGAGCGCGCCCGCAAGGUAUGUCAACAGAUAAAUCCUAUCCUUUUCACUUUGUGACGCAGAUUUCGAAGCGCUUUGGGAAGAAGGGGAAAAGAUCAUAGAUUGAAAUAUAGAAUAGUAUAUAAGAAAUUUUGACGUUGUAAAGGUAGGCUUGCCAAAAAGUUGAGUUUCAAUGAUCUACCGACCAAGGUGAUUCUGAUGAAGUUGGACAAAGUCCAAAGCUUAACUAAAUACAGAGACUAACUGUCCACCAUUCUAAAAAGUUUGUAGUAGAAGAUGCUGCGCACUUGAGAGUCUUUACUAAGUAUCAUCCAAAACCAUUAUAUUCCAGGCUGCCGCCGACGCUGAUAGACUCGCCGAGGAAGUCCGCCAGGAGCAGGAGCACGCCGUCCACGUCGACCGUCAACGCAAGGCCCUCGAACUCACGUCCAAGGAACUUCAAGCCAAGAUCGACGACGCCGAACGCGCCAUGCUCCAAUGUAUAAAGCUUGGUCUAUUUUUGAAACUAUUCCGAAUUUCAGUCGGCGCCAAAGCCCUGGCCAAGGUCGAAGACAGAAUCCGACAACUCGAAGCCGAAUUCCACAGCGAGCAACGACGUCACCAGGAGUCCGUCAAGGGCUACACCAAGCAGGAACGCCGGUCACGCGAACUCCAAUUCCAGGUACCUUUCUUUGGUAUUCACUUCGGAGGAGAGAGUGAAUUGACAGGUGGAAGAGGACAAGAAGGCGUUCGAUCGUCUGCAAGAGAUGGUCGAGAAGCUCCAGCAGAAGAUCCGCGUCCAGAAGCGACAGAUUGAAGAAGCCGUGAGUUUCUUCGCUCUGUUUUGAUCCUCCCUUUUUCCCUUACGUGGAGUUUCCUAAUUUCGUCCUUGAAAGUCCAGCAGAAAAAUCUCAAAAAAAACUGCAAGUUUAAGGCUUCCAAUAUUUCAGACCUACUGAAAGUCCACCAAAAAGUCGAACCUAUAAAAAUUCUCAAACAUCUCUUAACUUUGCAUAAACUCGAGCGGAACACUUGCAGGAAGAAGUCGCGACACAGAAUCUGUCCAAAUUCCGACAGAUCCAACUCGCUCUCGAGAAUGCCGAAGAACGAGCCGAAGUCGCCGAAAAUUCACUGGUGCGCAUGCGUGGCCAGGUCCGCACCUCUGCCACCAAGUAA